CAUUUGACCGGUAUGUUGCUAUUUAAGCAUAGAAAGUUUGCCUAAUGUUAUAUUUUGAGAAUUUGGGCCCCAUGCGACCGGUAUGUUGUAUAUUAAGAAGCAAAGAAGUUCGCCUGAUGUAGUUUGGGCUUGGUAAUGGGCCUGGCCUUUGUGGAAUCUCACUUCAAUCUUUCUCGUUACUAUAGUAGUAAUGGUGUAACUAAACUGUCAAGAGCCUCCUCUCGUCUCGUCUCUCCUCGCCUAAAGCGAGUCCUCUCUCUUUGUCCUCGAUGAUGGCGUCUACAGCAGAGCUUCCGGCUGGUAAAGACCAAUCGAAACCAAACAGUUCGUACAACCGCUCCGUAACCGGGAAUCCAGAACUCGAUAACUGGAUUCGGAUCAUCGAGUACAUCGCGAAAUUCAAAACCGAGCUCUGGAUGCUUCACGAUGUGUUUGAAAUGGGAGGGAAGGAGGUUACAGAGAAUCUAGGUGAAGAGACCAAUGAGAUGGUAGCUUUCAGAUGCUUAGCUUCUUUGUUUGAUUAUUCUAAUUCCGAUGCUGAGUCAAAGAUCGAGUUUGAUUCUUCCCACAGCUGUCAACAUGUUCUUCAAUGCAUACUCGACGAGAUACCAUUGUCAGAGCUGAAACCAGGUGCACCGGGACUGUCAAAGUGGAAUCUUCUUCCCUUUAUCAAGAGCAAGCUUCUUUGCUUGCCAAAAUGUGCUUUGGAACUGAUGAUUGAACCAUCCAGUGAGAAUGAUGCUCAAGUAUCGCCUCGUCAGGGAGAAGAGGGUAUGAGAAUUGAUGGCAACGAGACUGAUCAAGUUACAUCUCCAAUAGCUGAUCCUGAACCAUCUGGUCACGGCCCUGGAGGUGGAGCUGAUGAGAUUAGUAGAUCCCAUGCGUUGUUUGAAGAAAGUAACCAUGGCCCUGGAGAUGGAGCUGAUGAGAUUGGUAGAUCCCAGGCGUCUCUUGAGAACGGAAGUGAUGGUUAUGGGUUGAGUCCCUCGGAGAAUAUAUACAGGUGCGUUCAAUGCAAAGAGAGUGGGAAGCUCUUGUUCUGCUCUAGGGAUGGAUGCACGGUCAUGGUUCAUGAGAAAUGUGUUGUGGACUCGCCGCCUGUUUACGAUGAUGCUGGGAACUUUUACUGCUCCCUAUGUGCUGUUGGCUGUGAUUCUGCUGAGUAUAUUCAAUCUCAAGAGGAAGUUGCUAAAGCAAAGAGGAAGUUACUUUCGUUUCUUAGUCUAAUGUCAAAUGUUAACAAGAAGAAACCCAUUGAAGGAGUGGUCUGUUCUGAAACAGAAGCUAAAACCCUGCAUUAAUAGUACUUGGCCUUGCUUGGCUUUUGACCAACGGUACAAGCGAACAGGUUCGUUGGCAUGGACACUUUCAAGAUGAUCUAGAAGUCUUCUUAGCUUUGAUGACAUGAUCCGAGAUCAGGGUCAGCAUCCUCAUAGCUACAUGUCUUCGAUUGUUGAUCCAUCUGUUGUCUCGGUGUAGAGUUCCAUCACAGGCUCUUGCAAUUUGCUUCCAAGAACUAUCUGUUGCUCCCACACAGUUCUCCCAAUUCUACUGCCUUCCUCAGCCUCAGGAAGUAGCCAUAUGCUCAGCAAUCCUCAGCAAUCCGCAGCAAUGCCAAGCUUCUCACAGGGAGUAAACCAGUCUGACAGUGUAUCUCUGCUUUCCGCGCUAACAAUGAAGACAAGAUUGCUCUUGUCCUGACACAAGGUGUUCAGUAUGUUGAUUGACUUGGAUGAAAGGUCUUUUAUCGAUACUGCCUUUGGCAUCAACGUACCAUCAUAGUCCAAAAGUCCCUGCUCACCACAACUCCUCUCAAGAUCUUGCAGGAAGCUACGAGCCCAAUAGCCAACAUCAUGUGUGCUCACAUACUUGUAAUGCUUCUUGUCCUUGAUGUUGAUGAUGAAAAUGGAAAUUGUAACGUUCAGUAGCAAACCCAUGUUCGCUUAAUUCUCGGAACGAAUGGUGGAUGAUCAAGUUCUUAAAACUGGAAACAAAGUGCUUAAACUAAAA